UGUGAAAUUAUAAAAUAUUUCAGAACGUUAUAUUUUUAGUCUUUUGCAAAAGGGCUGUAGAGUUUGAGCAACUUAAACUAAUAAACUUUAUCUAAUUGUUCAAUUUAAUGAAAAAGAAGAAUUUAAUUUUGCACCAAUAUUGUAAAAUCAAUAAUAACCUACACUACUGUCAGCUUAAUUGCUUUUCAGCCUUCGUAAGAGUAAAACCUUGAGUGAAAAAAAUAUUCAAAGUUAUUAAAUAUAUAGUGAUGGUUAUAUGUAUAAUAGCGAAGUGGACAAUUUGACAAUAUUUAAUAAUAUUCUAGAACGAUAUUUAAGGAUUAUUUAAAAAUUAUUAAAAAGUAUGUUGUUGGACAAUCAACCCCCUAAAGGCAAUAUAAACGGAGAACUUUCGCAUUACACAAAGACUAUUUGCGAUCCGAAAGCAAAAAAUUAAUUAUUAAUGUUGUAAAGUUCAGAUGUAGUACUUUUAACUGAAGUACUUAUCGUUCACUGACAGUACCUAAUAUAAUAAACAGUAUUUAAAAAAUUUGUUCAAGAUUUAUUCAACCUUACAAACCAAUCUUCCUAAAUAUGAAAGGAUAAAAUUUACUGAAAAAUUCUGUACUAUUUUACAGUAAAAAUAUCCCAACGUUCGAAGAGAAAAAUUCCAUAAUAAGUAAUUUAAAAGAGAAAUUUUCUAAGAAUUUACAAGAAAAAUUUUCCAAGGUUGCAAAGGGAAGAUUCCCCAAGAUUUCAAAGGGAACAGUUCCCAAGGAUGCAAAGGGAAAAUUCCACAAGAUUUUAAAGGGAAAUUUCCUCGAGUUUCUUGGGGAAAAUUCCCCAAGAUUUCAAAGGGUAAAUUCCUAAAGUUUUUUGGGGAAAAUUCCCCAAGAUUAUAAAGGGAAAAUUCCCCAAGGUUUUAAAGGGAAAAUUCCACAAGAUUUUAAAGGGAAAAUUCCUCUAGUUUUCUUGGGGAAAAUUCCCCAAGUUUUCUUGGUGGAAAUUUACCUUUUUUGGUUAAAAUUGCGUCACCAAGAUUUUGGGGAAUUUUCCCCAAAAAUUUUUUACAGUGUAGACUUAUUCCGGACACCAUUAAAACAGGUAUCUUCAGUAAUAAUAAGUUUCAACUAAAUUUGUACAUCACAACAGCAUCAUGAUCAGAACAGUGACUCUCUGCCUACUAUUUACACAGAUCAGUUGCCAACAAGAGAGUUUUAAUCUAUCUGACAUAUUGAAAAUGGAAGAAACUUUUAAAGAUUCUAUAGAAUUCGUAAAGAAUAAAGUUACAGAUAAACGCGGGGUACUUUUUAUUGGCAUUGCUAAAGCUGGCAAAAGUACAUUAAUGAAUUAUGUAAUUGGUAAAAAAUUAAAGGCUGUAAGAACGCAUAAGUUCGAAAAAAUAAUGAUUACACAGGAAAGCGAAGGAGACGAAGCUCCGAAAAUUGGUAACAAAUCUACAUCAUUAACAACAAUUCCAACAAAGUGGAAAUCGGACAAAAUUCCCGACUUUACUCUGUGGGAUUGUCCUGGAUUUAGUGAUAAUAGAGAAUUAAUACAAGACGUUACUAAUGCCUUGUAUGUCUAUCAAUUGAUAAAAAGUAUGGAUGAACUAAAAUUUACGUUGGUUAUUAGUUAUGAUGCCUUUAAAGAUGAUAACAUUCAACCCUUUCUAACACUUUUAACCCAUCUUGCAACAUUGUUUGGUAAUAACUUUGAAAAUAUUUAUGACAGCAUAUCAGUCAUUUUCACAAAAGUGCCGUUCUCUGAAAAUAAGGAAGUCGUUGAUAAUGAAUAUAUUAACAGCAAAUUGCGGGAAAAAGUUGUAUUAAGAACUCAACUAAAAAUCUAUGAAAGUUCUCGAAAUUUCGUCAAUUAUAUAACAAAUAAUGAAGAUAAUAUUGCCAUAUUUAGAAGACCAAAAAGAGAAGGUAAACUAACUUCUUGUGUUAAUGAUAACAUAAUGCCGGCAAUUAGAAAAACAAAGAAAAUUAACAACACCUUAAUCCAAGAUGUAAAACCAAGCUUUUCUGAUACAUCUUCUUUGUACUUGCUCGCAGGCCGGUCACAAUUACUGGACAUAAAAUUAUUUGAAAACUUAGAUUAUGUUAUGUCAAAUGUUCUAGAAUCUUAUGAAAAAUAUAUAAAUACAGUAAGGCCUACAGAAAGGCUAAUGUAUUUACGACCACUUCAAGUAAAACUUAUGAAUUAUAUCACGCAAAUAAAAUAUUAUAGUGAUAGUAAGAAUUAUGCAUUUGAUAAUAUAGCAUUGCUUCAAAAACUGCACAGUAAUGCCAAACAAUUAAUAGAAAGCAAUCAUUUAUUAGAAAAAGUAAAAGCAAUUUCAUUUAUCGAUAUUGUUCUGAGAAUAGAAAAAAACAAUCAUGUAACAUUGAAUGUUAAAAAUAUUAUGGAUCAUUAUCAAGCAGGUCUUGUAAGAAUAAUAAGGAAAAUUAUGUGCGUACUAUAUGGUGAUAUGUGUUUGAAUUUGAAUUUUUAAUCUGUUCCCGCUGAAAUGUUUUAUCGGCCUCUGCCGUUUCUUUUUAUGUACUACUGUUUUCAAUAUGGCGAUAAAAAGAUUUUCUCGCACACACGCUUUCGUCUUUUAUUCGAAUUUAUUUGUGAAACCCAGCUAAAAUAAACUAAACAAAAUGGUCCUUCGAGCCGGAUGGCUUAGGUGAAGUUAUUCGGACGUUAUUUGUGAAGUUUUGUGACAAAUUGCAAGUUGAAUCUAACAAUCAAACUUUCUAUUGUGAGACAAGACGGCGUGGUUAGAUAAAUGCGCAGUGCGUGCAUUUAGACCUUUUUUACUUUGCAACGCCGUUACAAAGGCAUACAAGUUUCGUUUUCGUUUACAUUUGAUACAAAUAAUUGUUCCUGUUUUCGCAACAGCCGUCACAAAGGCAAUCACAACGUGGUAAACUAUUUUACUUAACAAAUUUGGAUUACAUUCGCACUACAAAUCGCCAAACAUCUACAUUCAAUAAUUUGCAUCGUUUCAAUCUAUUCAACACGUCAAACAAUUGGAGAUCAACAGCGGAGCGUGGAAGCAGACUUCCUGUAAAAAAUAAAUUAUCUCAUUUCGCAUCCUGAAUCAAGACGGGAAGUAUUGACGCCAUUUUCGAGCAGCGAUCAACGCAAGGCGUCCCGGAAGGAAGGAGAAUCAACGCAAAGGACACGUGAGCAUUCCUAGUUCUUUUCCCUGUUCCUUGUUUCGUUUCCAUUCCAUCAAAAUGGCCGAAAUAAAUCAAUUAGUUAAAAAACGCGGUAGUUGUAAAUUAAAAUUAACAAGUUUUGCAAAACACGUCAACAAAAUAAAAACAAGUAAUCUUGACAAUCAAAUCCCAUUAGUAGAUGUCGUUAAAUUAGAAUUACAAAAUAGAGUAGACAAUAUUAAACAAUCUUUUGUCGAUUUUGAUAAAAUACAAUCAAACAUAGAAGAAUUGACAGACAAUGAGGAGGACACUGUUGAUUAUCGCGAAACAUUUGAAAAAACUUAUUUUGAAAGUGUAGCUUUAGCUCAAAGUUUGAUAGCUCAGGGAAUUCCGGUUGAUCGAGCUCCUCCUGGCAUGCAACAACGUAACGCUCAAAAUAAUCAACAAGAUAAUGCAUUGAACGUUAAUUUUCACGCGAAUCAACCACUAGGUGUUAAACUGCCUACAAUUGAAUUACCAAAAUUCAGAGGCGAGCUCUCAGAAUGGUUAGGUUUCCGCGACACCUUUUCUUCCCUUAUUCAUGACAACAACCAAAUUAGCAACAUACAAAAAUUCCAUUACUUGAGAGCAGCGGUCGAGGGUGAUGCCGAACAAAUUAUAAAAUCUCUCGAGUUCUCGGCAGCAAAUUAUUUAGUGGCAUGGGAAGCUUUACGUACGCGUUUCGAUAAUACAAAUCUUUUAGUUCAAAAUCACUUGAAAUCAAUUUUUAACAUCGAGCCAAUUCAAAAAGAAAGUGCUUCCCAACUUCGACAAGUAGUAGACACUUUGAAUAAACAUUUAAGGGCUCUAACCGCUUUAAGAUUACCCACUCAACAUUGGGACGCUUUAUUAAUUUACAUGAUUUCCACUAAAUUAGACAAAAUAACUGCUCGCGCGUGGGAGAAAGAAAAAACUGAUAAUGAAAUAAUUACUCUCGAGAAUUUGAAGCGUUUUUUAAAAGGUAGGGCAGAUAUGUUAGAAACUUUAGAGAUUAACAAUUUACAAAUUGACAAAAAUACAAAAAUAAAACCUCCUCAAUCUAGCAGCCAGACAAAAGUCAAAUCCUUUCUGACCAAAAAAUUAAAUUGCUUGAUUUGUGAUGAAGAUCACCACUUACAAAACUGCUCCAAAUUUCUUUCACUUUCUCCUCAACAAAGAGUCGAAAAAAUAAAACCUUUAAAAAUCUGCUUAAAUUGUUUAAGACCCAAUCAUUUCAUAAAAGAUUGCAAAUCUCAGGGCUGUAAAAAAUGUCAGAUGAAGCACAAUACACUUCUACAUUUUGAAAAGGCAACUACUUCCGAUGAAACAAAUUCUUCCAGAUUAAAUAACAGUAAAUCGGUGACGUCGUGUUGUAUUAACAUUGCAAAUGAUGGGGUCUUAUCGACUGCUUCAGUCCUGGUAGAAAAUUCAAACAAAAAAUUGAAAACAGCCCGUGCUAUUCUCGACAAUGGUUCUCAAACAGGCUUAAUUACCAAAAAGUUCGCUAAUUUCCUCAAUCUUGAGAAAAUUCCAAUCGAUGUCACUUUAAAUGCCGUCAACAAUUUAGCGUCAAAUAUAAAAUAUAGAUGUGUUGUACAAAUUUCAUCCAAACAGUGCAAUUUUACAUUCAAAAUUUCAUGCCUCAUUGUCCCGGAAAUCACGACUCAUUCUCCGCAUUCAGCAAUUAAAUCUUCAACUUUGGAAAUCCCUUCUUAUCUUCCUUUGGCUGAUCCUGAUUUUGGAAAAUCGGGAAAAAUCGACAUAUUAAUAGGAAACAAUAUAUUUUGGAAUUUAAUCUCGUUAGGUCAAGUGAAGUUAAACAAUGAAGGUCUAUUGCUUCAAAAAACAAGGCUUGGUUGGAUUUUGGCAGGUCCAACGCCAAAUCUGUGUUUAAACCCCGUUUUGAACACUGUCAAUUGCAAUUUAAUUCAAACCUUAAAUUUGGAGACGCAGUUAACUAAAUUUUGGGAAUUAGAUGAGCAUUUUGAAAGUAAACCAAAAACUCUUAAUGACAAAUAUUGUGAAUCGUUUUUUGAAAAAACCACUAAACGAGACGAAAAUGGUAAGUUUAUCGUUACUAUUCCAUUAAAAGGAAAUCUUGAUCAGUUAGGGGAGUCCAAAGAACAAGCUCUUCGUCGUUUUUUGAAUUUAGAGAAACGUCUAAAGAAAAACCCUGAACUAAAAACCGAUUAUAACAAUUUUAUGAUCGAAUACGAAAAUUUGGGGCACAUGACUGAAGUACUAGACGAAUUUAGUGUUCUUAUAUCGUAUUAUAUACCUCAGCUUAUAAUUAUCCGAGAGAGUAGUUCAUCAACAAGAGUUCGUGUCGUUUUUGAUAGUUCGUCUCCCACUUCGAGCGGAGUUUCAUUCAAUGAUCUUCAAAUGGUCGGUCCCUUGUUACAGGAGGACCUUUUUUCAAUUCUCGUUCGAUUUAGAAAGCACGUGUUUGUAGUUUGUGGUGACAUCACAAAAAUGUAUCGUCAGAUACUUGUCACAGAAGAACAACGCCCUCUUCAACGUAUUUUGUGGCGUCCUGACGAAAACGGUCCAAUAAAAAUUUACAAUUUAAACACCGUCACCUACGGCACCGCGGCUGCGUCGUAUUUAGCUAUUAGGUGUCUGCACCAAAUUGCCCUUGAUUGUGAAAAUACUCUUCCAGAAAUAGCAAAGGUUAUUCAACAUGAUUUUUAUGUGGAUGAUUUUGUUUCAGGCUCGGACUCAAUUGAAGGAGCUAAACGCAUAGCGAAAAAGGUUUUUGAAGUCUUAUUGGCAGGAGGGUAUGAACUCCGAAAAUGGAUUUCUAAUGACCCGCGUGUCAUCGAGGAUCUUGUAGAUUUCAAAAAUAACGCGGAAACAAUCAAUUUUUCGAAUGAUGAUCAAAUUAAAAUGCUCGGUUUGACGUGGCAAGCUAAUUCUGAUCGUUUACUUUAUUCCGUUAAUGUUUCGAGUAGUAACAAAAUUACAAAAAGACAAAUUUUGUCUGACAUCGCGCGAAUUUUUGAUCCGUUGGGUCUUCUUGGUCCUUGUAUCGUAAUUGCGAAGAUUUUACUCCAACGGCUUUGGCUCGAAAAGGUAUCUUGGGAUGAAUGUCUUCCGGUAGAGAUUAACGCACAAUGGUUAGAAUACAGAAGACAACUCCCAAAUCUAAAUGCGCUGUCGAUUCCUCGACGUAUAGUUUGUUUAGAACCUGCAAAUAUCGAAAUUCACGGUUUUUCCGAUGCUGCGAAAAACGCAUACGGAGCAUGUGUCUAUCUUCGUUCGGAAGACGCGUCAGGUAACAUUCAAGUGCAAUUGAUUUGCUCCAAAUCUCGAGUUUCCCCGCUAAAAACUAAGUCUAUUCCUCGUCUCGAACUUUGCGGUGCUCUCGAAUUAGCGAAAUUGACUGCUAAGGUUACAAAGGCUUUAGACACCAAUAUUAAUAGUACUUAUUACUGGUGUGACUCGACAAUAGUUUUAUGUUGGCUAAGAGCUCAGUCUGGUGCGCUCGAAACUUUCGUAGGAAAUCGAGUCAGUCAAAUUCAAGACUUAACAGAAAUUGAUUGUUGGAGACACGUUAGGAGUGAAAACAAUCCAGCGGAUUGUAUUUCUCGAGGUGUUGCUCCGAAUCUUCUCGCUAGUUUAAAAUUAUGGUGGCAAGGUCCUGAAUUUCUAUUUAACGAUAAAUCUGAAUGGCCUUCCAAUGUGGUCUUACCUGACGAUGUUCCUGGUUUCAAAAAGGGCUGUAAUUUAUUAACAAAGGAAAUUUGA